CCGCCUUUCAGUCCUGCAAUACCCACCACUCUCCUUCCUUAUAUCGCUCUAUUGCUUUGCUCGGCUGCUUUCCUCCUGGGGUUCUACUUCACAACUCUACCCAAAACUGCCUUCUCAAUCAGAGAAGUACUCGUUGCGCUAGUGGCCAGUAUAUUGGCAGGGUUCGGCAUCGUAGCACUCUUCAACUAUUUGGGUGUAUACGUAUAA